CAAGAAUUGUUCGAUAAAAUAACCUUGAAAAAUCUACAUUCACAAACCAUGAAUGCUAUGAAAUCGUUUCGUGAAAUACUAGCGCACGCAAAGAACGUGUUAAUAUUAAGUGGUAGUGGAAUUUCUGCAGAAUCUGGUAUCCCUACAUUUAGAGGUGCUGGUGGUUUCUGGAGAAAAUAUCAAGUUGAAAAUCUUGCAACUCCAGAAGCAUUUGCAGCAAAUCCUUCUUUAGUUUGGGAAUUUUACGAAUAUCGUAGAAGAGUGGCGAGUGAAGCUAAGCCUAAUAGGGCUCAUGAAGCAAUUGCAGUUUUUCAAAAUCGUUAUUUAAAAGAAGGUAAAAAUGUUACAAUUGUAACACAAAAUAUCGAUGAACUUCAUCAAAGGGCAGGAGCCAAGGAUGUAGUGGAGCUUCAUGGUUCGCUGUAUAAAACUAGAUGUACAAUUUGUCAUGAAAUUGUUGUAAAUAAGAAUAUUCCAAUAUGUCCUGCAUUAGAGGGAAAAGGGUCGCCAGAUCCAAAUAUUAUGAUUUCUGAUAUUCCAAAAGAAGAUCUACCUAAAUGUGCAAAAGAAGAUUGUAAAGGUUUACUAAGACCUUACAUUGUAUGGUUUGGUGAAAAUUUGGAUGACUAUAUACUGGAACAAGCUUAUACCGCCAUUGAAAACUGUGACGUCUGCUUGAUUAUCGGUACUUCAUCUAUAGUAUAUCCUGCGGCAAUGUUCGCACCGCAAGUAGCACAACGCGGAAUUCCUGUUGCUGAAUUUAACUUAGAAACAACUCCCGCUACAAACUAUUUCGAGUACCAUUUCCAAGGUCCCUGCACCAUUACUGUGGCAGAAGCUUUAGAACCUUGAUUCCCAAAAGUUAAACGAACAUAGAAGUUAUAAUAGUUUACCUUGUACUAGGCAUACUUCGGUAUUUAGUUCAAGAUGGUGUAAAUACUCCAACCAUGAUUGUUGUUUGGUUGAAAGGACAUCUCGUGGGCCUUUCACUUCUAUAAUUUUAUGCUUUAGGAAAAAAUAUGUAUUUUGAAAUUAAAAGAGAAUAAAAUAUUAAUUUAUAACAAAUUUCAUUUUUUGUAAAAUGUAUGAAUAAAAGUAUGAAUAAAAAUAUAUUUCUUAA